AUUCUGGGGUACCCAAAAAGUGCCUCUUGCAAGGCAGCAGGAGAGGAACCAUCUGAUCUCACAUCCCGUUUAUAUCACCAAGGAACGAAGGGCUGGAGAAGCUGGACAAGAAAACGGGAGGGAAAACACCCCACGAGAUUUGGGGCUCCCCCCAAACCCGUCCCCAUCAGAGCUGCUGCUCAGGGCAGGGGGGUGUUUAACCCACCUCUUUUGCCGUCCCCAGUUUCCAGCGCCAACGAAUUGGCCUGCAAAGGGCUGGACAAGCUGGAGGAGAAGCUGCCCAUCCUGCAGCAGCCCCCUGAGAGGGUGGUGGCCGGGACCAGGGAGCUGGUGAGCGGGGCGGUGGCCAGGACGCUCGGCACCGUGGCGGGCACCCGCGUGGGGCGGCUGCUGGUCACGGGGGUGGGCACAGUGCUGGGCAGACCGGAGCAGCUGGUGGGCAGGUACCUUCCCAGGACGCAGGAGGAGCUGGCAGCCACAGCAGGUGCACAGGUUGCCCGGGGCACGGAGGUGGGCACAGCAGGCCGGGAGGUGUCCCCAGGCCCGGCAGUGGUGUCCCCGCCGGGGCGGCAGCGGCGGUGGCAGAGCUGCUUUGUCCGCGUGGGCUCCCUGUCGGCCGAGCUGCGGCACCGGGCCCUGCGGCGCUCGCUGGGCGAGCUGCGGCGGGCACGGCACAGCGCCCAGCACCUGCUGGCACAGCUCCACCACCUCAUCCAGCUGAUCGAGGAGGGGCAGCGCGGCUCCGACGGGCCCCGGAGCGGCACCCGGGAGAGGCUCCACCGGCUGUGGCUGGAGUGGAGCCGGCAGGAGGGUGUGCCCAUGGAGGAGAGUGAGGUGGAGGCUCGUGCCCUGGCCAUGCUCCGGGGGCUCCUGCAGCAGCUCCACGGCGCCUGUGCCCGCCUGGCCUCCGGCGCCCGGGCCUUCCCCAGCAGCGUCCAGGAGACGGCGGGGCACGUCCGGCACGGCGUGGAGGGCGUCCAGGCCGCCCUGGCCCGCGCCCGCUCCUUCCACGACCUGUCGGAGCUGGUGCUGGCACAGAGCCGGGACGGGGUGGCGCGGGCACAGCUGGGCGUCGACGAGCUGCUGGAGCACGUGGGGCAGCACACGCCCCUGCCCUGGCUCGUGGGACCCUUCGCCCCGGCGCUGGUGGAGUAUCCCGAGGAUUCCCAGGUGGAGAUGGCCAAGUGGGAGGGCUGUGACACCGUCGGGGGGACGCGCCGGGCGCCCGCUGCCCCGCGGGUGUGCAGCCGGCACUGAGCCACGGGCACCUCGGUGCCACGGGCACCGCGGGGCUGGGGGAGCACCCAGGCCUGGGAACCCCCACCCCAGUGGGAUUGGACCCGGUGACCCAGCGUGGGACCCCGAUGUCACUGCCAGGGAUGGUGACACGUGGAGGACGUGGCCUGUGCCCGUCCCCAAGCCCUGGGAGCGUUGGGAUUUCGCGUCUUUUAGCGGCUUCAAACCAGUUGAAAGAGGAAGAAAAACAACUUUUUUGGCCUUAAAAA